UCCAAAAUCAGAAAAACAAAUUUAAAAAAAAAUCACAAAAAAAUAAAAAAUAAAAAUAAAAAAAAAGGAGAAGUAGAAGAAGGAGAAGCAAAAUGUCUCAAAUUUCUUCGAGCUCAGACUCGAAAUUUUUUGGAGAAUCAUGAUUUAAUGAAUUUUCCGAGAAAAAUUUACGAGAAAAUUCGUGGUAGGUGGAAUUGUGGUUGAUUUUUUUGUUUUCAGUUGGUGGUGAAAAGAGAGCGAGAAAUGAACUUAGCCGAUCCGUCUGCGGCUUUACUGGCAGCGAGCGGAGGCGACACCGUGAAGCUCUUCGAUGUCUCGGUCAAGCCUGGCGAUCCCUGCACAUUGAGCUACUCUCCCUCUCCUGGUUUCCAAGUCAAUUCUGUCAAGUGGAACCACACAAAUUUGGUGGUGGCCAGUGCUGGAGAUGAUAAGAAGAUUUCAUUGUGGCGUAAGAAUGGACAGAGCAUGGGAACCAUUCCAUUGGCUGGGACUGACAGUGGAGAUGGUAUUGAGGAAACUAUAUCAGCCAUCAGCUUUAGCAACAAAGUUUCUAGAUACAUAUGUACUGGUGGAAGUGGCCAGGUUGUAAGAAUCUGGGAUUUGCAGAGGAAGCGAUGUAUUAAAUGGCUAAGGGGUCACACUAAUACAAUAACAGGUGCAAUGUACAAUUGCAAGGAUGAGCAUUUAGCAUCCAUCAGUCUUAGUGGGGAUCUCAUACUUCACAACCUUGCAUCUGGUGCAAGGACUGCUGAACUUAAGGAUCCAAAUGGGCAGGUAUUGAGAGUGCUAGAUUAUUCCCGGAUAAGUAGGCACCUUCUAGUCACAGCAGGUGAUGAUGGAACGGUACAUUUGUGGGACACCACCGGUCGCAGCCCAAAGGUUUCUUGGUUGAAACAACAUUCAGCACCAACUGCUGGUAUCAGCUUUUCACCAUCCAAUGACAAGAUAAUUGCUAGCGUUGGUUUGGAUAAAAAGCUGUACACUUAUGAUUCAGGGUCUAGAAGAUCAUCAUCCUGCAUUUCUUAUGAAGCUCCUUUCUCUUCGUUGGCAUUUAGAGAUGAUGGCUGGGUUUUGGCAGCCGGAACCAGUACUGGUAGGGUGGUCUUCUAUGAUGUUCGUGGAAAGCCAGAGCCAUUCACUGUACUUCGAGCUUACAGUAGUUCAGAGGCUGUUACAAGCUUAUCCUGGCAAAGGUCUAAACCUGUUAUUGUAAAUGAAAGUAACUGCACCGCCGAGACUGCCCUUAUGGGAGAUGCUGUUGAAGAUUCAAUUCUUAUGCCUGAUCCACUUCCUUCUAUUACUUCCUCAAGCCUUUCUUUAUCUACAUCAGUGUCUAAUUCUCGGAACCUUGGUCGUUCUGGGCCCCCAGUUGAAACAUCUUUAGUUACAACAACUGGUAGUGGAUUUACAUCAAGCACACUACAUGUCUCUGCUGCCGAGGAAACUCCACAUCGGAGCCAUUUGUGGCCGGGUGGGACAUUGUCAAGGUUACAUGCUCCUCGUGGUAGUUAUAACUUCAAGGAUGAAAUGGAGGUGUUCUCCCCUCUUGUAGAUGUUCAACCAAUCACACCAUCACUUGACAAAAUAUGGGAUGAUCCUGACAGAUCAAAGAAGGAGCACUUGCUGAUAGAUAAGAAGCCUUCAUCGCUUUUGUUUCCUUCAUCUGGUAGGAGAUUUCCUUUUGCAGAGGACAGUGGCAGUGAUCAUCCGAUAUUUGAUUGGAAGCCUAGCUCAACUUCCAAACAGGAUGAUGCCAAAUCUUCUUUCGGAUUGUCAGGAUCAACUCCUGCUCCAUCUUCUAAGAGUGAAGACUCCAUCACACCUCCAGAAGCUUGGGGUGGUGAGAGAUUAUCUGAUAAAUAUACCCACCUACGUCAAUCAAUAUUGCCAUCUCGCUUGGGGAUAUCUGCUUCUGGUGGUCAGACAUCAGGAUCAAUUUUGUCUGGACUGCAAGAUUUAUCCUCAUCUACAAGUCAGACUAGUAUUAUUGCCUCAACAAAUUCUAACUUAAGCUAUGCAAACUUGCGUACCAAAGAUGUCUCUCUAAGUCAAGAGGCUUCCUUUGGAUUUCCAGAGCACUUCUCUAGUUCUUUGUCUAUGUCCCUCAGUACGAAAGGCGUCAUGGGACAGACCAGCCUUGAUUCACCGUCAUCUUUGACCUUGCCACGUAGAUUCUCUACCUAUGCAGAGAGAAUAAGCACCACAUCUUCCUUCAGUGAUGGAACAUCCCUGUCAGUUGGCUCACCAAAAACAAAGAAAACUGGAGCUGAGACCAGAGAAGAACUUCUAAACAACUUGUUGACGAAGUCAGACACAUCAGCUGCCAUGGAAAAGGGAAUUCUUCCAGCAAUUAAUGGAGGCAUCUCGCAAUUGCAAAAGGCAUCGCAGCAAGAUGGACAGCAGGGAAAUUCCUUUACGCUACAGCUUUUUCAACGUACUCUAGAAGAGACACUCGAUUCUUUUCAGAAAUCAAUACAUGAAGAUAUGAGGAACCUUCACAUAGAAAUUUUAAGACAAUUUCAUAUGCAGGAGAUGGAAAUGUCCAAUGUAAUGAGUGCCAUUCUGGAAAACCAAUCUGAGCUGAUGAAAGAAAUCAAGUCUUUACGAAAAGAAAACGAGCAACUCCGGCAAUUGCUCUGAUUGUUAGUGAAGGUUCAUUAUUAUUCGACUUUUGUUUUGGUGAAGGAUUUGGGAUUUGUCUGUUGUUCCAUAAUGAUAAAUGUAUACUUUGCUGGUUGUUAGUGGUUUUCUGAUUUAUAGGCAACUAGAAUUGCUUCUCUUAGCAAUGGUAGCGUGGGAGAGGGUGAAAGAGGAAAGGAGUAAAGUGAAGAAAAUUGCAUGCAUGAUUUGAGUUUAGACUUUUUUGGACAUGUAUAGAAAUGUUUUGUUCAGCUAAUACAUGGAAGCUUGAGUUGAGUGUUCAUAUUCAAAUUAUGUGAUAUGUCAAAAUUCUUACUUUGAGGUGUA